AUGGCUACAAACUUCUCAGUAUAUGAGAAGAUCUGGUUCGACAAGUUCAAAUAUGACAUUGCAGAAAGGAGAUUCUACGAGCAGAUGAACGGGCCUGUGGCCAGCACCUCCCACCAAGAGAAUGGCGCCAGUGUGAUCCUCUAUGACAUUGUGAGAGCCAGAGAGAACAUCCAGAAAUCCCUGGCCGGAAGCUCAGGCCCCAGGGUCUCCAGCGGCCCCAGUGGAGAACACAGCGAGCUCGUCGUCCAGAUCGCCAUUCUGGAAGUGGAGAACCAGAGCCUGUGCAGCGUGGUACAGGAGCUGCAGCAGGCCAUGUCCAAGCUGGAGGCCCAGCUGAACGUGCUGGAGAAGAGCUCUGCUGGAAGUGGAGCCCCGGCCAAGAAGCCAACCACACCAGCAGAGGAUGACAAGGACGAUGACAUUGACCGUUUCGGCAGCGACAAUGAGGAGGAGGACGAGGAGGCAGCACAGCUGUGGGAGGAAUGGCUGCCAUUUCCCCCAUGCAAAGUACUAUUGGGGAAGAAAGGUCUUCCCAGUGGGCAGCAGAAAACCAGAUUAAGCAAAACUAAUUGCUAUCAAGGAUCCUAG